AUGAAUUUUUUGAAAUUCACCGAAGACAAGCUAAGUGUUGAGGCGUUGACUGAUCUAGUCGCCUCGCCGAAAUGUGGCGCAGUCUCGGUUUUUAUGGGGACCACCAGAGACAGUUUCGGGGAAAAAACCGUCCUUAAAUUGGAGUACGAGGCGUACGAAGCCAUGGCUUUGAAGUGUCUCGAAAAAGUGUGCGGGGAGAUCAGGGCCAAGUGGCCUCAAGUCGAAAAUAUCGCAAUCUAUCACAGACUGGGGGUUGUGGGGGUCAAGGAGGCUAGCAUUGUAAUUGCAAUCGCGUCCCCCCACCGUACCGAGGCGCUGCAAGCCACCGACUGGUGCAUCAACAAGGUUAAAGAGAGUGUGCCUAUUUGGAAAAAGGAGAUUUACGCUGAAACUGAAACUCCUCCACAGUGGAAGGAAAAUAAAGAAUCCCCCAAACCGAAAAAAUUCAAGCUCGAAAUCGAGCCCAAAGUCGAAAUUCCCAACGUUUCGCCCCAUUUGAUUCAAAUCAAGGCCUCAAACGCGGACUUGAGCAAACGAAUCGAGAAUUUUAUGGAGAUGAAGCGAAACGAAAUCAACAUAAGCAAUGUGAGAGAGUUUUGCACAAGUAAUCGAAGUUCAGAGUUCACUUGCGCCCGAGUCGAUGCGGUUUUGCAAAAACGCAAAGACUCCAAUGGCCAUUUGCAAGUAAGUCGGGUUUUGAACACUUACCACCGCGACCAAACAAAUUCGGACUACCUGACCAAAUACAUCCCCCAAAACGGCAUUGAGGAGCGCCUCCAAAACCUGGAAAUCCAACUCAGUUUGACCACCCCAACCCCGAAAAAUAUCUACACCCGUUUGAAGAAACUAGAAGACCGGAUAUUGUUCCUUGAAACGAUUUCGCCCGAAUAUAUCAAUUUUUGGGACAAAAGCCACUUAAACAAUAGAUUUGUGAAGAAGAAGGUUUUCUCAGUUGAGGAAAUCGAUUCGCUAAUUAGCGAUUUGGAGCGGAAGGUUCAGGAGGAGAAAAAAUAAAUCUGUUUUUAGUUUAUUAUUAUUAUUAAAAAAUAAAUUACGUAAAUAUUGUCGGGUCGGUAAACCUGGCCGUGAAAAUGUAAAAAAAAGCCGGCAGUGGGACCAACAGUAGCAACAAUGAGUGAAAAGUCGGGUCACUAAGCUGAGUUAUUGAAAUUAAACCAUAGGCGUGUAAACACCAAUGGCCCACUAAGAUUACCACAUUUCUCGGGUCUACAACUGUUGUUAUGAUGAGUGAGGGAAUCGAUUGGUUGAUUUUGAGGGCAAAGUGAUAAGCACACGAAAUAACUGACAAAAUAACGACCAAAAUUGGGAACGCAUAAU